AUGUUCUCGAAAAAAUCUAUCCUGCAUGUUUUUGCAGCAUCGUUGGCAUUUAUGUCAGCAUCUGCAAAUGGUCAAAGUUUCCUACCAGAUGCAACUGUUUCAGAUGAUUCUGCAGUGAUUAAACUAUCUCAUAAAAACUUCACAGCUUUCAUUGCCACUCACGAUUUAGUCCUUACAGAAUUCUACGCUCCAUGGGAUUAUCAUUCCAAAUUAUUAGUUAACGAAUAUCAAGGUGCUGCUGAAGGUUUACAAAGUCAAGGUUAUUCCUCAGAUGAUAUUGCUAUCACUCAGUUGAAUUGUAAUGCUACUGAGGAUGAUGCUUUAUUAUGUACUCAAUUAGAAGUUGCAUUUUACCCCUCUUUGAAGAUUUUCAAAAAACAUAAUGUUCUUAAGACUCCAUUAUAUCAAGGUGAUAGAACUGCUGAAUCAAUUAUCCCAUAUAUGAUUGCCCAAUCCGUAUCUCCAGUCAUUGUCAUUGAAAAGGAAGAAGGUAGUGAUGAACAUUUACAACAAUUAUUACUGGAAGCAACAAAACCAGUAGUGAUAAAUUUCGGUUUCGAUGUGGAAAUGGAUCAAGAUGGUAACAUUACAGAUAACUCAAUCAAUGAAUCCUUUAACCAAACCUUCUACAACACUGCUGCUCAAUUGUCUGAACAAUAUACAUUCAUUUCAUAUCCAUCUGCUAUUUCCUCUGGUUUAGUAUUAUAUCCUCUCCCUGAAGUUAACGUGAGAGAAGAACCAAACCCCGAAAAUGAAAAUGAAAUGUUACAUAUUGAAGACAAGAAAGUUCGUGAUCCUCAUAUCUUCUCAGGCGAUCAAGAAAGAUUAGUCUCCGAAAGAGAUGCCUUCACUCGUUGGUUAAAGGUUUCCUUAUUACCUUAUUUUGCUGAUGUUAAGGCUCAAGAUUUCGCUGGAUAUAUGGAUACUAAAUUACCAUUAGGUUAUUUUUUCUAUAGUACUCAAGAAGAAUUUGAGGAAUAUAAAGAUUUCUUUACUGAAUUAGGUAAAAAAUACCGUGGUGAAAUUAAUUUUGUCGGUCUUGAUGUCGCUACAUUCCGUGGUCAUGUAAAUAUGCUUGGAUUAAAGGAACAAUUCCCAUUGUUUGCAGUCCAUAAUAUCACCAAUAAUAUGAAAUAUGCUUUACCACAAUUACCUGAUGAAGUCUUCCAAUCGUUAACUGAACCAUUGAAAUUAGACACUCUUAGAAUAUCUCAUUUAGUGGAAGAUGUUGCUAAUAAGAGAGCUGAACCAAUUUCUAAAUCAGAUGAAAUUCCAUUAUCACAAGAUUCAAACGUUUACAAAUUAGUCGGUAAGACACAUGACAAGUUUGUAUUUGAUAAGUCAAAAGACGUAUUAGUAAGAUACUACGCCCCAUGGUGUGCUCAUAGUAAAAGAUUGACACCAAUCUAUGAAGAAUUGGCCGAUAUUUAUUUCUCAGAUAAUGAAACUUGGGAUAAAUUAUUAAUUGCUGAAGUUGAUGCAACUACUAAUGAUAUCAUCAGUUAUCCAGUGGAAGGUUAUCCAACCAUUGUCUUAUUCCCAGCUGGCGAAGAAAAGAAUCCAAUUUUAUUUAAAGGCCCUAGAACCUUGGAACAGUUAAUGGAAUUUGUCAAAAAUAAUGGUACUUAUCAUAUUGAUGCGAAAGCCAUUCAGGAAGCCAAUUUGAACAAUGACGGCGCCAACGCUAAUGUAACUGAAGGAAAUGUCGCACAAGAGAAUAUCGAAGAACAAGUUCAAAAAGUAGUUCAUGAAAAUGUUCAAGAGCAAGUUCAAGUUGAAGAAGUAGUUCAGGAAGAAGUUCAUGAAGAAGUUGCACAAGACCCUGUACAAGAGGAUGUCACUCACGAUGAAUUGUGA